UCCAACAGCAUAGACAUUUCUCGUCUUUAAAGCGCGUCUAGUCGUUGUGUUUUCUCAAAUAUAAAAUCGUGUAUUUUUAACCCCCCAAAACCCCAUCACACAAAAAAACGGAGGAUACUCAAUAAAGUUUCAAUACUCUAUUAAAAAACAUUAAAACACCAACAACAAGUUUCUACGUUUCUACUAAAAAAUUUUAGUUUAGUCAACGUUUUGGUUUAUUGGAAAUAAAACCUCAUAAAAGUUGUUGGUUUAUAAAACGUUUUAGAAAAAACAGUUUUAUAUAUAUUUUUUAAAAAUCCCCCUCUCCAAAUACACAUACACAAACACUAACACAGCCAAAAUGAGGCCAUAUUUAAUAACAUUUGCCUGUAUCUGCUCUGCCCUCGCUUUUGUAUCUGCCGUACCAGUGCCUGCCUCCAAUCAGGAACUAGAUGUGCUACAGAUUCCACUUUCAAAUGGAAAGGAAUUGGAUGUUUUGACAUUGGGAUCCCGAGCCGAAGAACAAUUAAUAGCAGAACGUAAUAAAAGAACAAUAGGUUUAUUACGUGAUCUGUUUCCCGAUAUAACUAAGAAUGGUGCCACUGAUACACAAAUUGAUUUAUCGGCCAUUAACAAACAAUUGGAAGAAACCAUACGCGUUGCCAGACAAGUCAAAGAAGCUGAAGCCGCCGCCCAAGCUGUAGCCGCUCUCCAACAACCAGCUCAACUUCCCAUACCCUCGCCCAAAAUAGAAGAGACCAUACAAUUGAGUUUCAACAAUGAAUUGAACAAUCUCGAUAAGCCCAAAUCGAUUAGCAACGAACUGCAAUUAAGCGAUUCCAAGUCACCAGCCAUCGAUGAAUUGACUUUGGAUUCAAAUGAAGAUACUGCCGAUUUGGAUGAUAGAAACAAGAGCAAUAUUUUCAAAAGGUUUUUGCAAUUCGGCGGUGCCGGUCUAGCUGGCGGCGCUAGCGGUGGCUCAAGUGCCGGUGGUGCUGGAGGUGCAGGCGCCCCUGGAGGUUCCGGUAACUUCUUAUUCGAUAUUGUCAGACUUUUCUCUGGUAGUGUGCAAACUCAAGCUGGUGAUGAAGCAGCGAACAGUGUAAGCGGCUCCUCGGACAGUGAUUCCGAUAGUGAUAGCAAUCGUUCUAAUGACGGUUACACGGAAGGUAUUCCCGGCCCUGUUACCAGAUUAGUCGUUUUAGCCAACCGAGGUUUGGCCAAUUUGGUACAAGAUUUGAUUUUGCGUGUGGCUGCCACAAGUGAGAAAUUCGUUAACUUCAAGGCCAAACUUAUCACAGCUCUCAUUUAAAUAGUCUUUUGCUCUGUUCACACACUUACUUCUUACUAUCAACAAGAUGUUCAUUUCAAAAUUAGUCAAAUUUUUCCUUUUGUCUUCUAUACAAAACAACGAAAUUUUGUUUUCCUGUUCAACAAUCGUAUUUAGUUUAAUUUAUUUUUUUUUGCUAAAACCACGAAAAAAACAAUAUUAAUUGGUAAAUUACAAACAAAGAAAAUCAAUUCACACAAACUUUAUCUCACACUAUUCAUCACUAUUUUUUUUUUUUAUUUUAUUUAUUAAAAUCGAAACAAACUACAAAACAAAUUGUAGCUAGUUUGUUUGAAAAAAUAAAAAUUUGAAAAUACUAUUACUAACAAUAGGUAGAUAAACAAACGAUCGUAGCCUAUAUAUUUUGUAGUAUGCUGCUUGUAAAUAUGAAAUGCCUUUUUUAAUUAUUCUUGUAGUAUUGUUUUUUUAUAUUUUUUUAUAAUUUUUCCUAUUUUGUAAAAGUUUCCUUAUGGAUUUUUUCUUAAAAACAAACACAAAACCAAUAAAAAAUAUACAUGACUGUGGUGUUUUAUAAACUAUUAUUACUAUUAAUUUGUUCCCAGUUUGUAAACGUAAAGAAAGAAUCAAAAUCCAUCAUUAAAAUUAAAACAAAAACGUAGAAUUUUGUAGUUACUUUCAUUUAGUUUUCAGUAGCAGUUAAUUAUCAUUAAAAAAAAACAUGUAAAACAUUUUACAUUUCACACUGUUAACAGAAAUCUGCUUAAACUUUGAAGUUGUUGUUAAACGUUCUAUAAAUUCCUUAGUUUUACUGCUAAAGUUUAAAGAGAAUUAAAAGAAAAGAAUUGCCCUUUUAAAGAAAAAAUCUUAAGUUAAUUUUUUUUUGAUAUUAUGUUGGAAUUGUUUUUUUUUUAUAAGUGUAAGUCAUUUUUUUUAUUUUAUUAGCUUUUAAGUUUUGUAAAAAUGUAUCCUUAAUUUCCUAAAAAAAAAGAAAACAUAUACCAAGUUAAAUUAGUUUCCGUUUGAAAUAAUUGUUUUACAACUAUGGUAUGGAAUUUUAUAUUUCUUUCACACUUUUUUUUAUUUACUUAAAGUAAAAUAUUCAUUGUAAUAAUUGUAGCUGCUUAUUUUUGUCUGUGUAUAACCAUCCCUUUCUUAAAAAUUUUCUUUUUAUACUGUUUUUGUAAUUACUCUUAUUGUCUCUUAUUAAUUUUUAAGUGUUGUAAAUAAAAAUAAAUAAAAUUUAGUUAAAAAUAAAUAUAAAAAAAAUAUAAA